AUGGAGUUUGCUAAAUUCGUGAAAAGAUUGGAUCAUAUUUUUAAGAUAUCUCUAGCAGAAUCGUGGGACAAUGUUGGUCUCCUUAUACAGCCAUCAUCUGCUACAAUUAUAAAGCGGAUAUUUCUCACCAAUGACCUAACCGAACCAGUUUUGAAUGAAGCUAUCUCCAAUGGGGCAGACUUUAUAAUAGCCUACCAUCCACCCAUUUUUCGUCCAUUUAAGCGACUGAAUCAAAAUUCAGCCAAGGAACGCAUAGUUUUAAAGUGUAUUGAGAACAAAAUCGCUGUGUACUCUCCACAUACGGCGCUAGACGCCGUUUCAGGUGGACUAAAUGAUUGGCUUCUAAGUCCAUUCGGUAUUUUUCGAUUUAAUUAUGUUAACAAUUACCAGAUUUUAAGCAUAAGAAGCCGCUUAACGGGACAAAAUUAUCUAGGUAUCCACCCACAGUCACCUUCAUUAAAAACCGAUCACUUCAGGAAUAUUGCAUUGAAAAUAAUGUCUCUUUAUGGGCAAAUGUCUGAAGUUACCGUAACUGGAGACGCUCCUAAGUGCCUUGACAUGAAGUUAGGGGAUUCUGUUGUCUUUUCACCCGAUGAAGGUGCAGGUCGUAUUGCACUCCUUAACGAGGGACAUACGAUUAAUGAUGUAGUGGAAUCCUUCAAGAAACUUCUUGAUACCUCGCUGCUUAAAGUCGCUCUCGGCUAUGGCAAAACCUUCGACAGUCCUGUAUCGGCGUUAGCGGUGUGUGCUGGUUCGGGUGGAUCAAUGUUCACGAGUGAACCGAUGGCACUAGUAGCAGAUCUUCUGUUUACGGGGGAGGCUUCAUACCAUGAUCAACUUGAUGCAGUUUCGCGUGGAAGCACGAUAAUUACCGCCGGUCAUUCGGUAUCUGAACGUGGCUACCUCGCGCAACGACUUAAACCCUGGUUAGAGAAAGAAAUUGCUGCCUUAACGGAUGCUCAAAUUCCAAUUGAUAUAUCUUCCAAGGAUGCUGAACCUGGUAUCUAUGUUUGCUGA